UUAUCAUGGAGGCAUGUAGGAUUUGCUUCGUUGAUCUUAAAUAAAAUUGAGUACAGGCAAGAUUGGUUGAACUUUCUACAGGAGUGGGCGGGGUUAGUCAAAUGUGGCUUGGAUUGGUACGAUUGGUCAAAAUUUCCAUGAAAGAGAGCAAGAUUGGACAAACUUUCUUCAUGAUUGAGGAGAAUUGGUCAAAAAAUUCUGUAACAUUGACACAUUUGACAAAUCCUGCCCAAUGUGUGAUUGGUCAGACUUUCUGUAGGAGCAGGCAAAAUUGGUAAAAUUUUCUGUUGGAUUGGAUGGGACCGCAAGAGUAUCCAUCUGCUUCCUGCAGGAUUACAAACCACGCCCCUUACAACGUAUGCCCACUAUUACAAGUUACGCCCACGAAAAAUAAGUAAAAAAAAAAAAUCUGCCAGGCCCUUUACAUGAUAAACCCACUAUUACAAGUUACGUCCACAACAAAUAUGUAAAACAUCCAUCAAGAUUACAAACCAUACCCCUUACAAUACACACCCACUAUUACAAGUUACGCCCACAACAAAUAUGUUACACAUCCACCAGGAUUACAAACUACGCCCAAUACAGGGUACGCCCACUAUUACAAAUUACACCCACAACAGGAUUACAAACCACACCCUUUACAUGACACGCCCACUAUUACAAGUUACGCCCACAACAAAUACAUAAAACAUCCCUCAUGAUUACAAACCACGCCCACUGUUACAAGUUAUGCCCACACCAAAUACAAUACACAUGUGCCAGGAUUACAGACCACACCCCUUACAUGAUAUGCCCACUAUUACAAAACAUAGGGUUAGGGUUAGGGGGGAGUUGGCGUGGGAAUGUUGUGUAGUGUGAUUUGCUAGUGGGCGUUCCUUGUAGUGGGCGUGGUUUGUAGUCUUGCUGGACACAGACAGACCAGACGGACCGGGUGAUGUUGCUCAAAAUUUCUAUAAAACAGGGUGGAAUUAACAAAUCGCACACAUCUCUAGCUUGAAACGCAUGAAACGUCAGCCAAUGGAAACCCGGAACUAUUUUAGUCGUUGAUGUUGCAGAGGGACACAUUACCGCGGUGCACAAGAAGAAAGUUGCUUGAUGGCUGCCAGGCAGCAGACAGCUAACUGUGGCUGUAAAGGCAUCCGAACUUGCCUGAUAUGUGAGGCAAAUGAUGACAAGCGACAUCUGCUGAAUAAGCAAGACUCGGUACAUUUUGAUUUUACCUAUGAUCAGGAGUCCGAAUUAGCAGUGCCAGUUGCUGGUAAUAUUCAGCAGGCUUUUCCAUUUCCUGGUGUCUUCCUGUGGGAGAACUUUGUCUCUGAGGAUGAGGAAAGAGAGCUGGUUGCCAAAAUGGACCAAAACAUCUGGAGAGAGUCUCAGUCUGGUCGGCGCAAACAGGACUUUGGACCGAAGGUAAACUUCAAAAAGCGCCGUGUACGCCUUGGGGGUUUCAGUGGCCUCCCUGCAAUCAGUCAGAAGCUAGUGGACAGAAUGUCCAAAGAGCCGAUGCUGGCUGAUUUCCAGCCGGUAGAGCAGUGCAACCUGGAGUACACCCCCGAACGCGGCUCUGCCAUCGACCCUCACCUGGAUGACAGCUGGCUGUGGGGGGAGCGCCUGGUUACUCUCAAUCUGCUCUCCGACACUGUAAUCACCAUGAGUUUAGACCAGGGCUGGGGGGACAUGGACCGAGGCGAGGUCAGGGUGGCUGUAAAUAUGCCUCGGAGGUCUUUGUUCGUGCUGUACGGCGAGGCACGCCACCGGUGGAAACACGCCAUUCACCGGGAGCACGUUCACAGCCGGAGGGUGUGCAGUACCUUCAGAGAGCUGACCGCUGAGUUUCUGCAUGGUGGUGAGCAGGAGAAGCUGGGAUCAGAGCUGCUGAGUAUAGCAUCAAGCUUUAAAGGUGUUCCCGUGUAAAGAUGGUUUCAUCAUGGACAGUGUUGUAGAUUAUUUAUGGACUAACUGGCUGAAUUCGGUUUAAUUCAGUAGACCCGAAUGCUUGUUUUUAAACAUGAUGCAGUUAAAAUGCAAAAUAUUAUAUCAAGAAAAUCAUGUAUAUUUGCUUGAGAUGAUAUUCAGUGUUGCCACGUGCUCACAUUUGUUAUGGUGUAACAUUUUUAUACGUCAUACAAGUUAUUCAAAUGGAAGAAAUCUGUGAUUUUAAGAGUUAUUUCUCCAUGAAGAGCGACAUGAAAAAUUUUUUAUAAUAAUACAGUGGAAAAGGAAAUAGAGGUGGGUGCAAAAAGUUCACUUGUGGAACAAAAGCUAGUGUUCAUUUUUCCUCUGACAGAAAUGAACUCUACACCUAAAAAUACUGUGAUUUAUUAAGUUUUUAACAGGAUUAAAAGUGCUUAAGAAGCACACGACCCACAGGCAUAAACUGUAAUUAAAAAAUAUAUAUAUAUUUAUGCCAUUGCCUAUUUGUUGGUUUAAUUCAGUUUUAUUUGUACAGUGCUUUUAACAAUGGACAUUGUCACAAUCAGCUUUACAGAAAUAAAUACAUUCAGAGUGAAUUAAAUGAAAAUA